UGCUGUUUUGAAAACUGUAGAGGCUCCUGUAAAUAACCCUUGCAGUGAAAAAGGAGUCUCCUUGUGUCUGGCUGCUUGGGUCGGAAGUGGUCGCAGCCCUCUAAUGACCAGCGAGUUGUGGGGAUGUCAUGUGCAACAUUCAUGGAUGUCAGAUACAGAUUUUCUACACUGAUGUCUUCACCUUCAGUAGAUUCCUAAACCAUAGCAGUACUCAUUAUGUAAUCAUUCAUCUAAGCAGCGGAGAGACUGUUGGUUCCAGCAACAUGGAGGACGAUGUCAGCUUGAAGUUCCGUCAGCAGCUUCUGCUCAUUGACGAAAAUCUGGUGGCUGAAGAUGUAGCAGCUUUAAAAUUUCUCUGUACUGACUUGCUCCCCUUCAAAAAACUAGAAAGUGUGAAGUCAGCAGUGGACAUCUUUCAGCUUCUCAUGGCUGAAGACUAUCUGAAUGAGGAAGAUACUUUCCUACUAGCUGAACUCUUAUACAGAAUUAAAUGUCACUCCUUGCUCAGGAAACUUGGUUAUACCAAGGAGAAAGUGCAAGAACGUCUGCAUGAGAAGGGAAGAGUGUCUCCGUACAGGCAGAUGCUGUAUGAAUUGUCAGAGAACAUUACCAAUGAGAUGUUGAAGGAUAUCAUAUUCCUCCUGCAAAACUGUCUUCCAAAGCGACGGAUGACUCUUUCUGCUCUGGAAUUGCUGAUUUUAUUGGAAAAACAGGGCCUUUUAAGUCAAAACAAUGUACAGAUGCUGGAAGAAGUCUGUAUGAAAGUUUCACCUGAUCUCCUGGAAACAAUAAACUGCUACACAAGGGCAAAAGUGUCUCUGCCUCAGCAAGAGAACACUCUGCCAGUCAAGGAGUCUUCACUGUCUCACACUGGAGACAUCAGAGUAUUCACUUCCCCACAGGAGACCUCAAUCAAAUCUGUCAGUUCUUGUAUCAAUGAUAACAAAGCAGCUAAUCUUACACAAGGCUUCUCUGAAAUGAACCUGGAGCUGCCUGGAGAAUUCAGCAAUGUAGAAAAUGAGUCUAAGAAGAUGACAAGCUACAAAAUGGAUGGACCACGCAGAGGAUUUUGUCUUGUUAUUAAUAAUGUUAACUUCGAUAGGUCUCUUCAGAAGAGGAAGGGUUCUUGCAAAGAUGCUGGGGAACUGAAGCGAGUAUUCACAUGGCUUGGUCUGGAUGUGAGGACUUACACAGAUCUGACGUCUCAGGAGAUUAAAGAUCUCAUGCGAACUUGGCAGCAUUUGCAAUAUCACAAAGACAGCGACUGUUUUAUAUGUUGUAUUCUAUCUCAUGGAGAGUCAGGGGCAAUCUAUGGGAAAGAUGAGGAACUUGUAUCAAUCCGCAUGAUCAUGUCCCACUUCACUGCCAAACAAUGUCCACAGCUGGCUGAAAAACCCAAACUCUUCUUUAUCCAAGCAUGCCAGGGUAAAGAGAUACAGUGUCCUGUCUAUGUUGAAGCUGAUGCACAAAUUCCUGACUUGUCUUCCAUGCAACAGAGCAUUUCUCCUUCUGAAAGUAUUCCCGAAGAGGCUGAUUUCCUCCUAGGCAUGGCCACAAUUGAUGGAUAUGUCUCCUUCCGGCACGUUCAACAGGGUACUUGGUAUAUUCAGGCCCUGUGCAGCAAGCUACAGUUGUUGGUACCAAGGGGUGAAGAUAUUUUGUCGAUUCUUACAGAAGUUAAUGAAGAUGUGGGCAGACGUGUUGACCGCUUGGGGACAAAGAAGCAGAUGCCCCAACCAGCAUAUACCUUAAGAAGAAAAUUUAUAUUCCCAAUACCUAGAGACCCUCCUCCUUCGCAGCAACAUUGAGGCUUUUAAAAUACAUCCUUUUAUCAGCGCAUCUCAUUUAAAUGCAGUUCACCACACUGCCUGUUAUAAGGCAGUUACCCAGAAGCCUGAGGAACUGUUAGCUUCAAGGCAAGGCCUCAAAGAUUUUUUGCCAAACAAACCGUGAAACUGGAGGAGACACGAUUAAAACAAUCCAUGUGCCAGCUAUUUACAUCACCUCUAUAUUCAGAGUUAUCGGGGUUGGGAGAAGCAUGCUUCUAUCAUGUUAAAUGUUUUUGUACGUGCACAAGCUAUAGAUAACCAAAGUGCUUUUCUGACAGCAUAAGGGUUGCAUGUAGCCUUCCAUAUCUAAACCAGGAUUGUUAAUGGUCUGGUUUAGGCUCAACAUGUUUUAUUUUGCAGGCUGACAAUUCUAAAUCCUGCCUCUAAAUCCACUAGCUAUGUUCAUAGAGAAAGACAAAGGUGGGAAUGAAGUGGAGAAAGCUUAAGUAGUAAGUGGAAGAGGAUUUCUUCCAUCCCUAAUUUAAAUUAUGUUUAACUUAACGGAGAACCAGUUAACUAUUGAAAUCAGUAAUUUGUUCCACAAUGCACACUGAUACCAUCUAAUGGCUAACAUAAACCUCAUGUACAACGAGAUCUUUCCAAAACUGAGUAAAGCCAAAAACACUGUGUAG